UUAUUUUCUGUACGUCAAACAUUUUAAUCGAAAUCGCAUCAGCAAACAUUAUUUUAAAACUUUAAAUUAAAAAAUAUAAAUUGACGACCGUUUAGUGAAAUAAUUGUAAUAUAAAAUGGAAAACAUUUUAGAACCUAGCAGCUCCGACGACAACAUGCCAUCCGAUGGCAAAAAAGAUCUUCAAUCGUUACUUUCCUCGGAGGAUGACUUCUUCGAUGGGACACCGCCUACCUCAUCGAUAAAAAUCGAACCAACUCAGCUGCAGGAAGAAAUUGUCCGCACCACGGGCCCUGCCACGUAUUCGCUUAAAACGGAAGAAUUCGAGGACAUUAUCUUUCCGGAAAUUGGCCGAGAGAGCAUCAACAUCAGUAGCGGCGCUAUCGCCCUCAGCAAAGAGCAGAAAGAUCUCGAGCGAGCCAAGCGGAAAGAGAUGAAAAGCAAACGAAUCAUGGAGGAGGAGGAGCUGGAGAAGAUGCAGGUGCUGGUAUCGAACUUCACCGAAGAGCAACUGGACCGGUACGAGAUGUAUCGCCGGGCGGCAUUCCCUAAAGCGGCAGUCAAGCGGUUAAUGCAAACCAUCACCGGCUGUUCGGUUUCGCAGAAUGUGGUCAUUGCGAUGUCCGGCAUAGCGAAGGUGUUUGUCGGUGAGGUGGUGGAGGAAGCGCUGGAUGUGAUGGAACACACCGGCGAAACGGGAGCCAUUCAGCCCAAGUAUUUGCGGGAGGCGGUGAGACGGUUACGCAUCCGUGGGCAGAUUCCUAGCGGACGGGGACAUAAGCAGUUCUUUAAGGUUAAUUGAAUGAAAGCGUUUAUACUCUGGUAAGUCUGACAAGGGGGGAGACAAGUCGAUAAUUGAGAUACAACCUAAUUAGGGUACAUUUGAUAUAAUAAAACUUUAAUUUAAAUCAAA